GCCGAGGGGGAGGUGGACGUCAGCGCCCAGGAGAGGCGCCGGAUGAUUGUCCGCAAAGAGCUGCAGACAGCCACGUCGCUGUUCAUCAUCCUCUUCUUCUUCACCGCCUGCUGGCUCCCGGUCCACAUUCUCAACACAGUCAUGCUGCUGUGCCCCACCUGCCCCAUCCCGGACCAGCUCAUCCUGACCGCCAUCAUCCUCUCGCACGCCAACUCCGCCAUCAACCCGGUCAUCUACGUCUUCCGCAUGAGGUCCUUCCGGAAAGCCUUCGAGAGGGCCUUUUCGGGCAUCUGCUCCUCCUCCGCCACAGAUUCCUUCUCCGCAUCCAGGAUAACGCCUUCCAAUGUCUCGGAGGUUCCUCUUCGGAAUCUCUCUUUGCCGGGGAAGUGA